AGGGCAGCAGCCAUGAAGAAGCCCCCCGUCCCAUGGAGACCGGGGGGGCAGCCGGCGGCUCCGACAACGAGGAGCACAGAGGAGCUGACAGUGACUCGGAGGAGGAGGCCCCCCGGGGUCGCUGUGGUGACAACGACGACAACAACAAAAGCGACUCGGAGACGGAGGCUCCUCCUCCUCGACCCGCCGAAGACGUCACUGCAGUCAAACGCAGGAUGAGCGGCUCCGAGAACGAGGAGGAGUCGCCCGUCAAACACGGAGCUUCAGAUCACGAGGAGGAGGGAGGAAGAGGAGGGUCGUCUCCCGCCAAAUGCAGGAGGAGCAGCUCUGACAUGGAGGGGGGGGAGAGGAGGCGCAAAGCGGCGCCGGGCAGCGACUCGGAGAACGAGGACGCAAAACCAACGGCGUCUCCGGAGCGCCGGUCCAACGCCGACAGUGACUCUGAGACAGAGACACCGACGAGACGCAAGGCAGCACAGGUAGACUCUGACGAGCAGGAGGAGGAGGAGAAACCACAGCAGCAGGAGGAGGAGGAGGAGGAGGAGGGAGGAGGAGGAGGAGGAGGGGGGAGGAAGUGGAAGGCUGUGAUGCAGUCUGACAGUGAGGAGGAGGAAGAGGAUGGGAGGAGGAAGGCUGCAGCAGGAAGUGAUGGAGAGAAGGAGAAGAAAGACGAGAGUGACGAGGAGGACGAGAAGCCAGGUACUGACCUCAGACCAGCUCUCAGUACACUCAGUAUUAUUACUAUUAUUAUUAUUACUAUUAUUGUGUGUGUGUGUGUGUGUGUGUGUUUGUGCGCGCGUGCAGUGAAGAGGAAGAAGGCCGUCCUGUCAGACAGUGAGGAUGAAGAGCAUGCAGUCAAACCAGCGGUGAAGAGGAGUCGCUCCGUGUCUGACGAGGACUCCGACAGCGACGGGCCGGUCGGUCCUGAUGAGACUCUGGCGGCUAAACUGAGAGAACUGGGCUCAGACAGCAGCGAGGAAGACGAGAGGACGAAGAGCGCCGCCAAGAAGGACGAGAAGGACGAGAAGGCGUUGUUCGGCAGUGACAGCGAGUCAGGAGACGGAGACGAGGAGGAGAAGAUGAUCACAGACAUCUUCGGCGAGUCGGGAGACGAGGAGGAAGAGGAGUUCACAGGUUUCAACCAGGAGGACCUGGAAGGAGACAAGAAGGAGGCGAAGGAGGCGCAGCAGCAGCAGGAGGAGUCCGACUCUGACGACGGAGUCGACCGCAGCGGCCAAGAGUAAGCACCAGAUUCACACACAUAUAUAUAUACACACACACACACACACAUAUAU